GCGGGAGAUUGGCUAAGAAAGCCUACCGGCUGAUUGGCUGUUCAUUUGAAGGCGGGGACAAUGUAGACGUGCGCUGGUUGGCUACGUUUUCAGGACGUCCAUGUGAUUGGCAUUUCGUUGCUUAGGCUGUGACAUUGAACGGGCACAUGAUGUUGGCUUUACGGACCCGUUUCCAGCAUUUUCGGGCGCUGAGUUCAGUAACCACGACAGUGCCACAGAUUGACAACUCCUCGGAUUUCCUGUCUCGAGUUCCUCAUCGAAAACACCCUGGAAUUCUACGUGUGAAUAUGGCUUGCUUGCCAAUCGAGGCUCAAGAUGCAGUUGAGGUCCUACUCAAAAAAAGCCCUGUCAGACAGUUGGAAGAACAUGUGACAUCACUGAGUAAUUACUUAUGGAGCAGAAAACGCCCACCUGAAGAUAGAGACUUAAGAGAAAAAGCUAUAGAACUAGAAAAAAAGUUUACAGAAAACAAACACUUUCAAUCCGAUAUAAAUAUUUAUCAAAAAGAACAAAAGUUAAAAAAUGAUGUGUUGAAUUCUUUACGAAAAAAUAUUUAUCACUGGCAGCCUUUAAGCUACACAGCGCAGAUUGGCUUGGUGUAUUUAGCUGCACGCUUUGAUGGAGGAUUCGCUGCUGUAUCUAGAGUGUUACAUGAGAUAUAUCAACGUGUUCCUGGGUUCAGUCCACAAACGUUAAUGGAUUUUGGAUCUGGCAUUGGAUCAGUUUUAUGGGCAGCCCAUGGUAUAUGGGGUAAUAAUCUCAAAGAAUAUAUGUGCAUUGAUUCCUCUGCAUCAAUGAAUACUCUAAGUGAACUGAUAUUAAGGGGUGGGUCAGAACAGGGUGAGAUGCACAUAUCCGGCGUUCAUUUUAGACAGUUUUUGCCAGUUUCACCCAAGGUGCAGUUUGACCUAGUUGUGUCUGCAUACUCUUUAAAUGAACUUCCUAACUUCGCUGAACGAGAGAGAAUCAUUCAGACAUUAUGGAGGAAAACUGGGGGCUUCCUGGUGCUUAUAGAAAAUGGUACUCGAGAAGGACAUCAGCUUUUAAUGGAGGCUCGUGAUAUAGUUUUAAAGGGAGGGGAUAAAGAAGUUUGGGACCACCGUCCAGCUUUUGUCUUUGCACCAUGCCCACAUCAGCUGGAAUGUCCCAAACUUGCUGAAAGCUCUCAGAUACCCUGUAAUUUUGUACAACGGUAUCAACCAUUGAAGUUUAGCUGGAAGCCAUCUGUGCGUUGGGAGAAAUUUUCCUACAUAAUAUUUUCACGUGGCCCUGUGGGGGAAAGUGACAGGCAUUGGCCGCGUGUGGUUGGACCUGUGCUAUGCAGACCGCGUCAUGUCCACUGUAAUACAUGCUGCUCUGAUGGAAAAUUGCAUCAUCAUGUCAUCACAGCUAAAAAACAUGGAAAGGACCUCUACCGAUGUGCUAGAAUAUGUGAGUGGGGGGACCGCCUGCCAGCAAUAACUUCCAAUUUGGGUCCUGAUAAGACUGUGUGUGAUGAAAAGGAGUGUUCAUAAAAGAAGUACAAGUGGAUAAAAUUAUAGGACAUUUAUACCAUGAGAAAUCUGUGACCAAGGAUGCAUUUUUUCUUUCUUUCUUUUUCUUUUUUUAUUUUUUUUU